GCUUUUUUCUAUGCGAAUAUAAAGCCAGUGGGCCACGCUUUCUUACUGGGAGUUUUCAAUUUAGCUUGUUCAAAGUCGGUUUAUUACAAAAAUCCUGAAAUAUGCGGAUGAAAUUAUUCGUGUUGCUUGCUUUUGCCUUGGGUUACUGUAAGGGCGAGUGCGACGCAAUACUCAAGAACACUCCAGCCAAAUGUCUUAGCCGGACAACUUUCAAGCUGGGCGGUUCAGGUGGAGAAAAUGCAAAAGAAAAUGUAUUCAGCUGCAAAACUGGCCUCGUUUGUGCCGAUACCCCCGACAUCUGCGCCGAUCCACUAAAAUUUGACGCUGCGUGUUCUACUGGGUCUUGUAAACUCUGCACUUCUGAUAGCCCAUAUGCAUGUGUUAGUGAAAAGGAAUUUGUACCAUGCAGCAAUGGUAAAUUGCUUGUAGAUUUCAAACAAAAGUGUCCUUCAACAGCGAAAUUUUGCGGUGGCAAACCCGCUAGUGAUAAUACUAAUGAAAAUACUGAAGAAGCUAAUAAAGAUCCGCAAUGGCCUUGCACUUCUGAGAAAAAGGAUAAACACUGUGACAAAGAAGAAUCGACUACCCCUGCCCCCAGCAGCAGCGGUACUGAACCAAGUUCAACUCCAGCAUCUCAAGCUCCUUGCACAGUGUCAGGAAGUUUUGCCGUCCCAACAGAUACCAGCUGCAAAGCGUAUAUCUACUGUUACCUUGAUAAAGGAGUAAUGAAGCAGUCGAACUUUACUUGUCCUGAUAAUUAUGUCUUCGAUGCACCAAAGAAAAGGUGUGUUACCAAGGAUGCUUACGUGUGCAAGGUUUGACAUUGUGACAGAUAGAGAACAAGCAGAAUAAACUUCUAGUUAAUGUGCGAAAAUGUCAUAUUCAGAAGAAAUUAUUAUUUGCCAAUGAGCAUGUGAUGUUGCACUUUAUAAAACACGAAUAAAUACGUUAAUGACAUCCUG